CAUCUUCUGGAAAUCAUGAGUGCGUGCAGCAGAAAGGCUCUGACUUUACUCAGCAGUGUCUUUGCAAUCAGCGGCCUGGGGCUGCUGGGCUUGGCGGUGAGCACAGAUUACUGGCUCUAUCUGGAGGAGGGAGUUAUCAUGCCUCUGAACCAGACGGCUGACAUCAAGACGUCACUGCACUCAGGUCUCUGGAGGGUCUGCUUUCUGGCUGGUGAGGAAUCCGGCCGCUGCUUCACCAUCGAGUACAUGAUGCCAACGAGUCUCCAGCUGACGUCAGAGUCCACAGGAAAUGUACUCAAGAUGAUCCGCUCGGCGACUCCAUUUCCCCUGGUCAGCCUCUUCUUCAUGUUCAUCGGUUUUGUCCUCAACAACAUCGGACACGUCCGUCCUCACCGCACCAUCCUGGCGUUUGUCUCAGGAAUCUUCUUUAUCCUCUCUGGGUUGGCUCUAGUAGUGGGUCUGGUGUUGUACAUCUCCAGCAUAAAUGAUGAGAUGCUGAACAGAACGAAGAGCAGUGAGGCCUACUUCUCCUACAAGUACGGCUGGUCUUUCGCCUUCGCUGCCCUCUCCUUCCUGCUCACUGAGAGUGCGGGAGUCAUGUCUGUCUACCUGUUCAUGAAGCGCUACACAGCAGAGGAGAUCUACCAGGCUCGCCGCCCCAAUUUCUACCGGCCUCGGCUCAGCAACUGCUCCGACCACUCUGGUCAGUUCCUCCACCCAGAGUCCUGGUCGCGUGGACGAAGCCCCUCUGACAUUUCAAGCGAAGCGUCACUGCAGAUGAGCGCCAGCUACCCAGCUCUCCUCAAAUGUCCCGACUAUGACCAAGUGUCAUCUUCACCUUGCUGAGUCAGAAGAGGUUAAUAAAAGGUCACUGAGCAAUUUCUUAAAAAGUUAAGUAGCAAAGUGAAACAAAGGAGUUUCAUUAUAUUGAAAAGAGACCAGCCAAAUAAGUGAGUGUGACUGGUCAGAAGAAUGACUGAGUCUUCUGACAAAGUUAUUUCCUAUCAGGAAAAAAAAAAGAUUUCUUUGUAAAUAGUCACAGUAUGUUUGCAGCUUAAAAGCGUAUGCUGAAAAGUUUUAAUUUCGUAAGGAUCUUAUGUGACAGACCAGGGUUUUCAAUCCAAAAAGACAUUUUUACAGUCAGUCAUGCUAAUUAAAAUUUAU